CUGAAAACGAUUUUCAGAUUACGUACGUUUUUAUCGCCUCCCAUUAUAGUUCCACCAGGCCCACCAGGUGACCUUGAAGUGGCAGACGUGGACUCAGACAACGUAACCCUAUCGUGGUCAAAACCACGCAAGACAGGUAACGGAAAGAUCAGCGGGUACGUUGUGGAGUACAAACCGGCAACAGGUGAGUGGACGAAAGCCACCACCGUGAGCGCCAAGGAUAGUGAGGCAACAGUGAGUGGGCUAAAUAAGGGCGAGAAGUACUUCUUCCGAGUCUCUGCAAAGAAUGAAGCCGGACGCGGUGAACCUGCGGAGACUACAAGAGCUGUUCUUUGCAAGCCAAAAUACGACGCUCCCGACGCUCCCGGGGUUCCCACGGUAAAGGAUGUGGAUAAGGACUACGUGGAAUUGGCGUGGACCCCGCCACUUAAGGACGGUGGUGCUCGAAUCACGGGCUAUGUAGUAGAGAAGAAACAAGCCGGUAGUGAUGAGUGGGUUCCUGCCACGGCCGAUGGGAAACCAGUGUCUGGCACCUCAGCAAAGUUAGAUGGCCUCACAGAGAACGCUGACUACGAGUUCCGAGUCAGGGCUGUCAACGCAGCUGGACCCGGAGAACCUAGCAUUCCCACGGAGAUGGUCAAGGUUGCGAAGAAGAAGGACUACGUCAUUGAGAAGUGUGAAGAGGCGGUUGGCACAUGGGCACCCGUUCGUGCGCCCAUCCGCGAUAAUUCCGUUACAGUUGGUGAUCUGGUAGAAGGGAAACGCUACCUCUUCCGUGUCUCUGCUGUCAAUGCUAUUGGAAAAUCGGAACCUGCUGAGACGCUCACUUCCAUUGUUGCCAAAAAUCCAUUUGACGUUCCUGAUGCUCCAACCUCUGCAAAAGUGGUCGACUACAACCGCAGUUCAGCCACAGUUGCAUGGGAGCCUCCCGAAAAUGAUGGCGGCAAUCCCAUCAAAGCAACUAUCCCUAAUCUGCCAUUUGGCAAGGAGGUAGAAUUUCGAGUUGCUGCCGUCAAUGACGGCGGUCCGGGUGACUUCUCACGUGCCACUCUGCCUCAGUUGAUCAAGGAUAAGACGAGUACGUGA